UAUUUCCUCCUCGGUGUUGUUUUCGGAGCGACGCAGCGUCUGGCGGCGCCAUAUUGAAAGAAGGAAAGUGUUCCGUUAAUCGGUGAAAACGGAGCCAGCGGCAGGAUGCUGUACCUGGAGGACUACCUGGAGAUGAUCGAGCAGCUUCCCAUGGAUCUCCGCGACAGGUUCACGGAAAUGAGGGAGAUGGACCUGCAGGUUCAGAACGCCACAGAUCAGCUGGAGCAGAAGGUCACAGAGUUUUUCAUCAAUGCAAAGAAGAACAAGCCUGAGUGGAGAGAGGAGCAGAUGGAGAUCAUCAAAAAGGAUUAUUACAAAGCUUUAGAAGAUGCAGACGAGAAGGUCCAGCUGGCCAAUCAGAUCUAUGAUCUGGUGGACCGUCACCUGCGGAAACUGGACCAGGAGCUGGCUAAGUUCAAGAUGGAGCUGGAGGCUGACAACGCUGGCAUCACAGAGAUCCUGGAGAGACAUGAAGGAGGGACGCAGGACUUCCAGUCUUAAGGCCAGCUAUGAGGCCAUCAAGAACAACGACUUCCAGCUGAGCAGAGAGUUCUCUGUGAGCCGGGACAGUACCGGGUACUCCUCCUCCGCCCUGGCCUCCACCCUGACCCAGACCCUCACCUCCACCGCCACCUCCGACUCCAGGGGGCGCAAGUCCAAGAGCAGCAUCAAGUCGUCCACUCAGCAGUCUUCUUCAUCYUCCUCCUCUUCCUCCCUGUCGUCCUGCUCCUCAUCGUCAGCUCUGGCCCAGGAGCUGUCCCAGCAGGCUGCGGUUCUGCCUGAAGCUGAUGUCARCAACCAGGUGGACUGGACCUACGACCCCAACGAGCCCCGCUACUGCAUCUGCAACCAGGUGUCCUAUGGAGAGAUGGUCGGCUGUGACAACACAGAUUGUCCCAUCGAGUGGUUCCACUAYGGCUGUGUGGGUCUGACCGAGGCCCCCAAAGGCAAGUGGUUCUGUCCUCAGUGUACCGCCGCCAUGAAGAGGAGAGGCAGCCGCCACAAGUAGACCUGCUGUUCCUCACAGUUUGAAUUAUUUCCUCUGAAGAGUCCAAGAAGUGAACCGUCCCCUCUGCUCCUCUGCAUCAUCAACUACAGACUAAAAACUACAAGUAUGGCUGCCUGUGGGCGGGGCCUGUGUGUAUUACAUCAUUGUUGUUGUUUAUGUUUUGUUUGGAGGUAAACAGGCUGGUUUAUUUGUUUGUUUGAAAGUAAAAUAAAAUGUUUUUAUAACUCU